AUGUCCGAGGGGAUAAAGAAGAAUGUGAAGUCAUUCACUCCUUAUAUUGCAAGACCUUCUGAUAUUGCAUCUGUGGAUGCUUCACUUGAUCCUAUGAGAUAAUUUAAAGUAAGAGUCUAAAGUUCACACGAUCCCCAGGUUUAAUAGUUAUCAACUGAUUAACCUUUAUCUAACAACCUCUUUUUCAACCCUUAAUAUACUACAUUUGAUAUUUCCCAAAGAGUAUCAUUUGAUGGCAAUAAUGAUUUUAUGUUUAACAAUUUAAGAGGACCAUUUGUCAACAGUUCUCUUGAUAGUAAACUUAUUCAAAAACCUUUUGAUAUCUUUUAAUCCUAAAAUAGACAAAUCAAUCCAAUGAUGUCUUAUUUUUUUAACUCACCUAGAUAAUCAUUUUAUCCAUUCUUACAACAACAACAAUAACAAAACGAAUUACCACCAUAUUCUAAUACUAGUUUAGAUAGAUAAUUUAAAGUAACUUAAAUUAAUUCUCCUUCAUAAUUUAUUGUUAGACCUCCUUCAAUUUAAAAAUUACAAUUGAAUUCAAACUUAAACCAUUUUAAAAAAGAGGAAUUAAAAUUACUUAAUCAAGAAGACUCUUGUGAAAGUGAAGUUGUUAAUAAGAGUGAAAGUAGUUGGAAUGAAAAUAAAAAUGAUAAAAAAGUAAUCAAAAUUAGUAAACGUACUACUAGAAAGAGAUGUAUAUUUUAAGAAAGCUCAGAUUCUUAUAAGAUUAAUAGAAAAAAGAAAGGAUCUAAAGUAAAUGAUACUAAGAAUAUUACAAAGAAUUUCUCAAAAGCAAUUAUCUCAUAUAUUAUUAAUAAUGAAGAAUUGAUUUUAGAAUUUAUGAAGAAGGAUUAAUAUGAUAAUUUUAUUUAAUUAUUGAAAACAAAGAAAAAUUAAAUGACAAAUAUAAAAUAACUUAGAGAUCUAUGGGUUGAUGGAGGAAAGAACCCUGAAUUUAAUAGAGUUUUUCGAAUCAUAAGGUAUUUUGUUCAUCUAUAUCUUAGCUAGUAUUUUUUAAAAAACUAAUCUAUUGCUUAUGUAUAUAAUUCACGUAUUUCAAACACAGCUUGGCAUUUAAAAUACAGACAAAAUCUAUUAAGGGCCCUAAAAGAGCCUUAAAAUUUUAAAUUCAUCAAAGAUAUAUGA